ACGCAACCGACCAAUCAGAGACGAGAAACGUGUUUAUUUUCAUGUCGGUGGUCCGCGAUAGCGGAAGAAACACAAACCGGUUGAUAUAAAUCUCGAAGUAUUCCUGCGCCCGGGACGGAAUUUUCAACCAUUCUUUUCACAAAAGUCUUCAGUACCUCGUUAAAGCAACACGUGGUUCCUUCCACCCCAAAAAACGCCACACAGGUUGUGUUCCGUGCAGUACAGUAGUGCAGUCGUGCAAGAAAAGCAAAAAUGCAUUUCAUCGUCCCGUACCGUUAUCUGAUCGCCGUCCUCGGGCUAACGAUUGUGCUGGCACCGGCCCUUACCAAUGGACAGAUGGGCGACAUUGCACGGCCCAUCGAAAGCAAGGAGCUGAAAUGUCUCGUCUGCAAGGCGUCGAUGGCGGAGAUGGAGCUGGCCGCGUCGAAGGUGGACCCGAACAAAAAGGUCGAGGUGGGCGACUAUCGGCUCGACACGACGGGCGAAUCGAAAAAGAAGAAAAAGAUCCUGUACGCCAAGUCGGAGAUGUACCUGACCGAGAUGAUGGAGACGGUGUGCGACCGGAUGGACGAUUACGCGAAGGCCCGCUACAAGAAGACCGGCCGGCCGGUGGUGAUGAAGAUGAUGACCGACGGCGGCAUGAACCCGGACAUGGCGAACGUGAACUUUGUGCAGGAGGGCGACCUGAACAAGACGCUCAAGCACCUGUGCCUGGAGAUUGUGGAAACCUACGACGAGGACAUUAUCCGGAUGUUCCAGGAGGAGGUGGUGAAGGAUACGGACAUUCGGCUGUGCUCGCAGGUGGCCAAAUACUGCAAGGAGCAACCGAUCGACGAGGAGUACGAGUACGAGGAAAGCGAAGAGAGCCGAGAUGAGCUGUAAUCGGGGGGUUAGGGGGUUAGUGAUCCUCAUCGCGAAGGGAGGAUACGAUCGCAAGUAAUACGUCCAUGAAAGCAUUCUGAUGCGCUCACUAUGUGUGUGUGAACACGUUACCCUUCUUGCUAAGCAAAAAGGGGGGUGGGAAGUUAGGGUUCCGUUACCUCUGAAUUGUUUGUUAAUCCUCUGGCUUGGAGCCUUGUUUCAACCAGCGGGAAAUGUAGAAUUAUAAUUGUAGAAUUUAGCAAACCAUCGAGGGAAAGACAACGAAGCAGAAAACAGGAGUGAAAAUAAAACCUUUUUGUACGUUUAUGAUA